CUCCUCUUCGUUAUUAGUGGAAGAAGUGAAGAAGUGGUUAUUGGUAACAGAAAAAGGAAAAGAAAAAGAAAAGAAGGCACAGUAAUAUUAUUAUGGAGCUGAGCUUGGAUUUGAGUUUGUCCUUUGUCCCAAAGACCAUAUCAAUGUUCUUGGGCGAUGUUUCUCGGAGCACACAAAUCUCUGACAAAUUGGCCAUGCUUGAUGAUUUCCUCAACCGAUUGGAGGAUGAGAUGACUAAGAUCCACGCCUUCAAACGUGAGCUUCCCCUUUGCAUGCUCCUCGUCACCGAUGCUAUAACAAGAUUGAAGGAGGAAAAGCUUCGCUGUAUGGGAAUGCAAGAUCCACAACCUCUCACCACUCAAGAACCACAUCAUAAUAAUAACAACUGGAUGACUUCACUUCAGCUAUGGAGGCAGAGGUGUGAAGAAGAUUGUUCUGUGCCAGAGAACCCAAUCAAGAGAAGGGAGAACAAGAACAGAAGUGGAGGAGGAGGAGGAGUUGCAUUGUUGAAUGGGAACUCAAAGGAGGUUUCGAAAGUUCCUGGCUUUAGUUUGAUGACUACUACUCCAGCACCUGAACUGAAAAGUAGCAGUUCCAAGAGUAAUUCUUCUUCUCUGUUCAUGAAUCGUGUUGAGAUUCAAGCCCAACAAUCUCAGAAUCCUAGGAAACAAAGGCGAUGCUGGUCACCGGAGCUACACCGGCGUUUCAUCAAUGCUCUCCAACAACUUGGAGGAGCACAAGUGGCCACUCCUAAGCAGAUAAGGGAACUGAUGCAGGUGGAAAGCCUAACAAACGAUGAAGUCAAAAGUCACUUACAAAAGUACAGACUUCAUGUAAGAAAAUUCCCAGUUUCAUCUUCAGCUGAGCAUGAUGCUAAUAAUAAUAAUAUUGAUGAUGAUGAUGAGGAUGAUCUAUGGGAAAUGAAGAAGAAAGAUCAAUGUGGAAAAGGGAACAAAAAUUCAUCAUCACAAUCACAAUCUGGUUCACCACAGGGUCCUCUACUCUUAGCAGGUUCAGUUAAGGGACUCUCAAGCAUGGAUGCAGAUGAUGAGCACUCAGAUUGCCGCAAUUGGAAAGCUGCUAUUCACCACCAACCGCCAGAAUCUGAUAAUCACAGCCGCUAAAAAUUUUGCAGACAAAUAUAAUAUAGUCAUAAUAAUACAUAAGUUGAGACCCCCCGGAUUUGACUAAGAAAAGAAUAAUAGUCUAACAUAUAGAAUUAUUAUACAAGGGAGCAUGAGAUUUUGCAGAUCUUUUAGGCUUUUUUUCUUUUUAAAUUUUAAUUGUGUUUUGGUCUGCCGUGUUGAAUUUUUGUUAAAUCCAUUUUGUUAUGAUUGAGGGUAUUGAGGGGACAUAGAAAAUUAUAUACUGGUGUUAUAAGUUGUAAGUUGCAACCAUAUCCCUGCAUUGGAAUAUUGAUAGAGAAAAUUGGCUCAGCAUUUUGGUGGA